AUGCUUCGCCGCAUUUGGAGUCACAAAGUUCUCACUACCUUCGUUACAUUGCCCGUUGCCUCGGUAGGAGGAAUCGCCAUUUACGUGGAAUACCGCCAGAGAACUCGGCCAGUUCUUCCAGUUUUUGCACCGGUGGUGGAUGGCAAUGGCUCGCUAUUGUUGGAUGGCAAAGCCGUCCCCAAACCUAGCCGGUGGGUGGUGGCGCGACGCGUCGUCGAACUUUUCCUAAUUUUCUUUCCCGUUGCCGUCUUGUAUGUGGUGAUGAGGCUUCGCCGUGACUGGUAUCUUCUCUGGUUGCAGCUGCUUUUACGGGCUGUAGAGCGCGCUGGACCCGCCUUCGUGAAAGCUGGCCAGUGGAGUUGCACCCGGCAGGAUGUCUUUUCACCAGAGUUUCGUUCUGUGUUCAAGAAGUUAUACGACGAGGUGGACACACACCCAUAUGAGGUAUCACUUCAGAUUCUUAGGGAAGAGUUGCAACAGGACCCAGCCGAAAUAUUUAGCACGAUUGAGGAGAAGACUGUUGGUUCCGGUUCCAUUGGGCAAGUCCAUAGUGCGACGCUGCGCCACACAGGAGAGCAUGUCGUUGUAAAGGUGAUGCACCCAAAUGUGGUUGAGACUAUCGUGAAGGACUUCUGCAUAAUCAAUACCUUAGCCUCUUUCCUUCACCAUCGUGUCCCAGCACUUGAAAAAUAUGAUCUGCCGGCGCUGGCAAUCGCAUGGACUACCCACCUUGCGGCUCAGUUAGACUUCCGACUGGAGGCAAGGAAUUUAACUUUAUUCCGGAAGAACUUUAGGAAUGAACCAUAUGUUCGGUUUCCCAAACCACUGUUGUCGACGCAGCGUGUACUUGUGGAAACGUUUUGCAAGGGUGAACCGGCCUCCGUUGAGUUUCUGGCCGCUCAGGAGGAACAUGCGCGCGACAAGAUCGCAAAUAUGGGUUUAAACACGUGGUGCAAGAUGUUACUGCACGACAAAUUCCUUCAUGGUGACAUGCACCCCGGUAAUGUUAUUAUUGACGCCUCCGACCCCCAUGAACCGUGUGUAUGGCUCAUAGAUGCGGGUUUGUGCCAACAGAUCAGUGAAGAUGAGGGUGUGAUCACUCACAACCUCAUGGAAGCUUUUGUUCACUGGAAAGCAGACCUUUGUUGCGAUGCCCUGUUAAGCAUGGGCAAGCGCCAAAAGUAUGCCGACGAGAAUAAAUUUAGGAGCGAUAUGAACUGGCUCUUUAAUCACUGGCGCCCUCUCCACUCUAAGGAUGCUGUUGUGACGAACAUCCUUCAGGCCAUAUUUGAGUGUGUUCGGGUAAAUCAAGUUCACAUGGAUCCGCCGUAUGUGUCUUUGUUAUUUGCAGUUCUUGUGCUGGAGUCCUUCAUUAUGAACCUCAACCCGGAGUUUAAUAUGGUACGGCACGCGGCGCCGUGGUUGGUUGCUGACGGACACUUGACCCGCGGUCUGAUGAAAAACAUUGUAAUGACACGUCUGGAUUUAAUUAAACGUGAGAUGGGAGUUUUGCGUGGCCGCCUUAGGGACGGUGCGCAUAAUGACUUGGCGAAAAAUGAAAACGUUCACUUAAAUGCGAAUGCAUGGUAG